AGCAGAGACGCCAUCUCCAUGUAUUCUACCUCUUUGGUUUUAGCAGACGAUAAGAAAAUUUCAACAGCUGGUGUAUACGUUACAUCCUUUACGUUGGCAAAAAAUUUCGCGCAAGGUGGCGCAAAAGCCCCGCUAGUGAGAAAGCUGAAAAAACAUGGUUCCUUCUCCCAGCAGAACCAGAUCCAGAGGACCAUCCUCUAGUAUAGAGUUUGUACGACCUGAUCUUCCCAGUAAAUGCAAAUGGCAUUUGGAUGUGAAGGAAGGAAGUUCUGUACAUCAUCAUGAAACUUUGUCAGAAAAACCAAAAAUAUAUCCCAGUGUGUUGUCUGCUAUUGGUAACACUCCUUUAAUACGCCUUAAUAAAAUUCCAGCAGAAUUUGAUCUGAAAUGUGAAUUGUUGGCAAAAUGUGAAUUUUUUAAUGCUGGAGGAAGUGUUAAAGACCGAAUUGGAUUACGAAUGGUAGAAGAAGCAGAAAGGCAAGGUAUAAUCAAACCUGGCUACACUUUAAUUGAGCCUACUUCUGGCAAUACUGGUAUUGGCUUAGCCUUAGCAGCUGCAGUAAAAGGCUAUAAGUGUACUAUAGUAAUGCCUGAAAAAAUGAGCACAGAAAAGGUCAAUAUCCUUCGUGCACUUGGUGCAGAGAUAGUACGAACUCCUACAAAUGCUCGCUUUGAUGCUCCAGAAUCUCAUAUAAGCGUUGCACAGAAAGUUAAUUGUCAGAUACCAAAUAGUGUCAUUCUUGAUCAGUAUCGCAAUCCUGGAAAUCCUCUAGCUCAUUAUGAUACAACUGCUGAGGAAAUUCUUACUCAGUGCGACAAUAAAAUUGAUAUGAUUGUUAUGGGUGCAGGAACUGGUGGAACUAUAACUGGUGUUGGCCGUAAGAUUAAAGAAAGAUGCCCGAACUGCAAGGUUGUUGGUGUUGAUCCUUAUGGUUCUAUAUUAGCAGAACCUGAAAUUUUGAAUAAAACUGAUAAAACUUCUUAUGAAGUGGAAGGAAUAGGAUAUGAUUUUGUACCAACAGUUCUUGACCGCUCAAUUGUUGACAGAUGGAUAAAAACAGAUGACAAAGAGUCUUUUCAAAUGGCUCGGAUGUUAAUUAAAAAGGAAGGACUGCUAUGUGGAGGUAGCAGUGGAAGUGCAUUAAGUGCAGCCUUAAAAGUAGCUAAAGAAUUAAAAGAAGGUCAAAGAUGUGUUGUUAUACUUCCUGAUGGUGUGCGCAAUUAUAUGACAAAGUUCCUCACCGAUAGUUGGUUAUCUGAAAGAGAUUUUAUUGACAUUCAUUCUGAGAUGAGUGCUAAACACUGGUGGUGGGAUUUAAAAGUCAGUAGUCUGAAUCUAUUGGCACCUCUAACAAUAUUACCUCACAUGUCGUGUCAAGAUGCAAUUGAUAUCAUGAACAGGGAAGGUUAUGAUCAGCUUCCUGUUGUUGAUGAUUCAGGGGAAAUAAAGGGUAUGAUUACACUUGGUAAUAUUAUGGCAAAAAUCAUGGCUGGUAAUUUGAUGACCACUUCAUUGGUGUCUGACAUUUUGUAUACAAAGUUUCAUAAGAUUACCCUUGAGACUUCAUUGGGACGCUUAUCUAGGAUUCUGGAUAGAGGACACUUCGCAUUAGUUGUACAUAAUCAAAGGCAGUUUGUAGAUAAGGAGAAGAUAGAAACAAAGCAAAUAGUGAUUGGAAUCGUUACUAGAAUGGAUCUGAUCAGUUUCAUCACAAAUGAGGAAGAUAGUCGAAUGAAAUCUGAUUCUUCAUCUCCACCUCCUACACAUGAUGGCACUGAUGAAGAGGAUGCAGUGCAAUAGUGAUUUUUUUUUCGUUCAUAACAAAAACAUUUAACUUCAUUUUGUAUUAUAUUUUUCACUUCUUUAUAUGCAUUGUGAUAGUUUUAAAUAUGGAAAUUUUAUAAGUUAUUAAAAUUUAAAGAUAUUUUUGUUGCCCUUGGUAAAGUAAACACAGUUUUAAUAUACAAACAAUUUUUUGUGUGUAAAACAGUUAAUUUACUUUACAUAGUUACAUUUCGAUGUGGGGAAAGGGUGUUUUUGUGUAUAAUAGUUUUAUUUAUCAUUUGGCUUCAUAAGAUAUUGUAUAGAUUGCAAGCAAACCGUUGUAAUAUUAUUGUCUGAAAUAAAUGUAUAUUCUCAUAAA